AUGGCUUACAACCAUCCGGACCUCCAGUUCCUGGUGCUCUUACGCCUUCUCCUGGCCUCCACAGGAACUGGGCAUGCACUUGGUACACAUACUCGGACCCUUUUGGCUGAAAAAGUAGAACAGCUGAUGGAAUGGAGUUCCAGGCGCUCGAUCUUCCAAAUGAAUGGGUUUGUAAAGGCCCCACCUCGAAACUACUCUAUGAUUGUUAUGUUCACUGCUCUCCAGCCUCAGAGGCAAUGUUCUGUCUGCAGGCAAGCUAAUGAGGAAUAUCAAAUCCUGGCUAAUUCCUGGCGUUAUUUAUCUGCUUUCUGCAACAAACUGUUCUUUGGAAUGGUGGACUAUGAUGAAGGAACAGAUGUUUUUCAACAGCUCAACAUGAACUCUGCUCCCACAUUCAUGCAUUUUCCCUUCAAAAGCAGACCCAAGAAAGCUGAUACUUUUGACCUUCAACGAAUUGGAUUUGCAGCUGAACAGCUAGCAAAAUGGAUUGCAGACAGAACGGAUGCGCAUAUUCGAGUUUUCAGGCCACCCAACUACUCUGGCACCAUUGCUCUGGCCCUGUUAGUAUUGCUGGUUGGUGGCUUGCUCUAUCUAAGGAGGAACAACUUGGAAUUUAUUUAUAACAAGACUGGUUGGGCCAUAGUAUCUCUGUGUAUGGUCUUUGCUAAAACGUCUGGCCAGAUGUGGAAUCAUAUCCGUGGACCUCCAUAUGCUCAUAAGAACCCACACAAUGUACAAGUGAGCUACAUUCAUGGCAGCAGCCAGGCAUUUGUGGCAGAGUCACACAUCAUUCUGGUACUAAAUGCUGCUAUCACCAUGGGGAUGGUUCUUCUAAAUGAAGCAGCAACUUCCAAAGGGGAUGUUGGAAAAAGACGGAUAAUAUGCCUUGUGGGAUUAGGCCUGGUGGUCUUCUUCAGUUUCCUACUUUCAAUAUUCCGUUCAAAGUAUCACGGCUAUUCAUACAGCUUUUUAAUUAAAUGA